AUGGCCUUGGUCUUGCAGAGGCCGGCCACAGGGCCUGCGACAUUGCCCCAGCCGCUGGCCAGAGGAGUGGCGUCCUCGGCGUCGGCAUCUGUGUUUCCAGGGCCGCGUGGAGCGACUGCAUCGGUUGCCUUCAGCUGUAUCGCCCUCGCGGCGGCACGCGGAGCCGGGAAAGGCAAGAAGACAAAGCUGGCGCCAUCCAAGUUCAAACCAGCAGGGAAGUUUGACCUCAGCCAGGAAAAGAAGAAGCAAGCCAAGAAGAAGAAGCAAGAAAUGUAUGAGGUCCAGUACGAGGCAGGAGCGAUUGCACCGCUCUACACCUGGGAUCCCCUGGGCUUCGUGUCGAAGGCCGGCGGCGAGUCGGCCAUGAAGGAGAGCUUCUUCCGCCUGCGAUGUGCCGAGCUGAAACACGGCAGGGUGGCGAUGCUCGCGGUCGUGGGAGCCAUCACUCAGCAUUUCGUUCAUUUGCCGAUCUUCGACGGCCAACCUCUAGGAAUCGGUGCCCUCAACAACUCGGCGGCACUUUUUGGCUUCUCCCUGUUGUUCAUUAUCUCCGGAUACCUGGAGGUUGUCGUCUUGACGCAGGACGACCGAGUUCGAGCCGGUUCCUUCGGUGAUCCCCUGGGCUUAGCAAAGAUGAUGAACCUCGAGGAUGGCGGAGACAAUCUAGACAUGCAGAAUAAGGAGCUCAGCAACGGGCGUCUGGCCAUGGUCGGCAUUGCUGCGGUGGCCAUUACGGAGAAACUUACUGGCUUGGAUGCCGGUGAACAGCUUGGCGCCAUGUUCAGGGGCGCCUAG